AUGCACAAUGCAUGCACACCAUCCCCCUCCUCUCUCCCCCUCUUGUUCCCCCUCUUCCCCCCUGCUCCCCAUUUCUUCCCCUCUCUCCCCCUUUCUCCACCCUUCCUCCACCCUUCCUCCCCUCCCCCUCUUCCCCUCCUCUUCCCCUCUCCCCCACCUACCCCUCCUCCUCCCCCCUACCCCCUUCCCGGCAGCGCGGCCGUCUUCCACCGAGCAGUCAUCAUGCCCAACCUGCGCCCACCGGUCACCACCGCACUGGCAGCAGCAGAGUACCGCAAGCGGGUGCUGGCAGCGGUACCAGAGGGGAGGCGAGGGGAGGAGGGCUUUAAGCCGUUGAUGACGCUGUACCUUACAGAUGACACCACACCGGAAGAGGUGCAGAAAGCGAGUGAGUGCGUUGGGACUGCUGUACCCCGCGGGAGCAACGACUUCGUUGUCACUGCUCUCUCCUUCCCUCGAUCUCUCCAUUCCUCUCCCCGUCCCUCCCUCCCUCCCUCCCUCCCUCCCUCCCUCCCUCCCUCCCUCCCUCCCUCCCUCCCUCCCUCCCUUGACCCCGCAUUUAGAGGACGGGGGCCUAGUGGUGGCAUUCAAGCUGUACCCUGCGGGAGCGACGACCAACUCAGCAGCGGGAGUGACGGACCUCUUUGGGCGCUGCUUCCCUGCCAUUCAGCACAUGGCGCAGAUUGGCAUGCCGCUGCUCGUGAGUUGAGUUUGGGAGGGGGCAAGAAAGAUUCCAUUCACCGGGUGCUCUCGCCUCUGCUAUUAGGGAAGCCAACACUACAACCUUCCCUGUCCCCUUUUCCCUCUCCCUCCACUCCCAGCUGCACGGGGAGCUGGGGGACUCAUCAGUCGUCACAGCUGCAUGGUGAGGUGGUGGAUCCAUCAGUCGACAUGCUCGACCGCGAGGAGUUCAUUCAUCGAGUCCUCUCGCCUCUGCUACUGCAUGGAGAAGUGGUGGAUCCAUCAGUCGACAUGUUCGAUCGCGAGAAGGAGUUCAUCCAUCGAGUGCUCUCGCCCCUGCUAGCCCGCCUGCCCUCCCUGCGAGUGGUUCUCGAGCAUGUCACCACCGCAGAUGCGGUCGAGUUUGUGUUGAAAGCACCUGAGGGGCGGGUGGCUGCUACAGUGACCCCCCAGCACCUGCUGUGGAACCGCAACGCUCUGUUCACAGGGGGCAUCCGCCCGCACCACUUCUGCCUGCCCGUGUUGAAAAGAGAAACCCACCGUAAGUUUCACUGCGAUGAGAGUGCGUUCCUAAAUCUGUCUUCUCCUCGUUUCUCAUCCUUCCUUCUUCCUCCUUCCUUCUUCCUUCUUCCUCCUCCGUCCUCCUCCUUUCUCCUUCCGCCUUCCCCCUUACCAGGCCAGGCAAUAGUGGCUGCAGUGACGGGCGGCAGCACUCGUUUCUUUCUCGGCACCGACAGCGCGCCUCACGAGCGCACCACUAAGGAGGCGCCGUGUGGCUGCGCCGGUAUCUUCUCUGCGCACGCCGCCCUGCCUCUCUACGCCCGGGCAUUCGAGCAGGCAGGCGCACUGGACAAGCUAGAGGCCUUCACGAGCUUCAACGGACCUGAUUUCUACGGCCUGCCUCGCAACUCCCGCCGCAUCACCCUCAUCCGCCAACCGUGGGCCGUACCUGACUCAUACUCAUAUGCUGAUGGGGGCUCUCUCGUACCAAUGCUGGCAGGCGAGCAGCUGGAGUGGCAGGUGCUUCCUCUGAACAGCUAA